AUGAUGUUAAAUCAAUAAAUGAAGGAAGACCUGAUGAUCAUGAAACUGUAAAUGUAGCACCUGAACCCUCAGACGAUUCAUCUCAAAGUAGCACAGGCUCAGAAAAAACUGAAAGCAGCAGUCACACUACAUCACAGUCUUUGAGAAGCCAUGCACAUCCAGGGAAUAAAGAGGUUUGUGUGGAGGACCUGAUGUGCAGACUUCAUUUGGAAGGCAAACAUCAAAAUCUGAAGACAGCAGAUUUUCUUCAGAUAACUGAAUAUUUACAGCUUCAUGAGUUCUGUGAAGAGGAAAAGUUUCCUCAGGCUUUUCUGCAAAAAUUACUAAUGAUGGACUAUAGUGCUAGAUGCAUUAAAAUAAAAGAAAACAACGAACAAAAUGACACACAAAAACGACACAAUCUGUCAUCUAAGGAUGCAUACACUGCUAUUUUUGAUGAAACAGCUAAACCUGCCGAAGACUUUAACAAAUUAGAGCCAAUUCACUUGAUGGAUGCUCAGAUGGCUGUGUUUUAUUGUGCUGAUAGUUUUCUAAAGCAGCUCAUGGUCACUAAACUCUCACAGUGUCAGUUUGCUCUUCCUCUGCUUGUACCAAAUCCAUUCACACAGAAGAUUGAGUUUCCUCUCUGGACAUUCAGACAAAUCAACAAGAGCUGGAAGACAACAGAUGGGAAAGGACAAACCUUGAGCAAAACCCAGCCCGUCUACAAGGCAGAAACUUCAGUGGUUGCUUUCUUCAGGUUUGGCUCUGUGUCCUCUUCAAAAUCUCAGCUGAUGAACAGUUUGAUCAAUGAGAAACACAACACGUUCUUCCACAGGAACUGUCCAGGCAGCAGCAGAUCCAGAGUACUGAUGGAUGGGGUGGUGGAGAUCGCCUGGUACUGCCCAUCUGGAGAAAAAACUGAUACAUUUCCUGACUGUGUUGCAUUCUGUAAUCUUCAUGGUGAUGCAGGAGAAAAUGAGAAACAACUGAAUAUCUUAACUCAGAUGGCUUCUGUAAAUGUUGUUAUUUUGCCUCAACUAAACAGAAAUGACAACAGCAUGACAAAGAUUCAAAACCUCUUCAAGAAUUCAAAGCCGCUCAUUUGCCUUCUUACUGAGAAUGAUUCAGCUCUCACAGAAAUACGAAAGGGUAAAAAAUACAAAAUGGGAUUGAAAGAUAAAAGUCAGCCAUGUGUAAUUGAAGAACUUAAAAGAGCUGUAAAUAAUGGACUCUCAUCUUCAUACUCAUCUUCUCUCUACCAGCUUAAAGAUAUUGCCAAAAAAUUGUGUGUUACAGUAGAUGAGAAGAUUGAUGAUGACUGCAGGAAAGGAAAAGAGGCAGUACAGAAAAUGAUGAGUUUAAUGAAGAAUAAAGAACUGACAAAAAUCAAAGAAUCAUUUCUGCCGUGUCAGGGAAAACUGUGGCAUCAGUGGUGUCAGAAGAAUAAAGAACUACAUCGACCUACAUUAAGUGAAGUACAAAAGGGUGAUAACAUAGAAAAAAUCAAAAGCUGUAAGAAAUUAGAAAUGCAGAAAAUCCGUAAACAACAGCAAACAUCUGUCUUAAUUGAAUUUAUCCAUAUCUUUAUACAAGAACUGAAUUCACAAAAAGGAAAUGCGAAGGCAUAUUUUCUUAAGUGGAUUGGGAUCCUACUGGAUGACUACACAACUGAAACUCUUUCAGCUCUUCAUCAUGAGUAUGAUAAAAAGUGGUCAGCAGUCUUAGAUCUUAAAAAGAAACAUAAUAAAUCUCAACAACUGACAACUGUACAAGAUGAACUUGAGAGAAUAUCUGAGAAACUACAAGCUGCAACCUUUGGUUUGGAGCACAUACUGAGAGAGAUCGGUCAGAUAUAUGAAUCAUGUUCAGCUUUGGAGAAGAACAAGAAAAACCUAAAGCUUGACUUCUCUUCUCUUCCGGGUCUUGCAGCAGAGAUGAUGAUGUCUGGAUUUCCACUGGAGCUGAUGGAUGGAGAUGCUGCUCAUGUUCCUCUGAUCUGGGUUACUGCAGUUUUAGAUGAACUCAUCAAGAAACUGGGAGACAAGAGAGUCUUUGUGUUGUCAGUUUUAGGGAUUCAGAGCUCUGGAAAAUCAACCAUGUUGAAUGCCAUGUUUGGUCUGCAGUUUGCUGUCAGUGCUGGUCGGUGCACUAGAGGAGCGUUCAUGCAGCUGGUCAGAGUUUCAGAGGAGAUGAAAGAUGAGCUGAAGUUUGAUUAUAUUCUGGUUGUUGAUACUGAAGGUCUUCGUGCUCUUGAGCUUGCUGGAAGAUCAACAAGAAAUCAUGAUAAUGAAAUGGCCACAUUUGUUGUUGGUAUUGGAAAUAUGACAUUAAUCAAUAUCUUUGGAGAAAACACUGCAGAAAUGCAGGACAUCCUUCAGAUUGUUGUUCAGGCCUUCAUGAGGAUGAAGAAGAUCAAACUGAAUCCCAGCUGCAUGUUUGUGCAUCAGAAUGUUUCCGACAUCUCAGCCGGAGAAAAAAACAUGGAAGGAAGAAGACGACUUCAGGAGAAACUGGAUGAGAUGACAAAACUUGCUGCUACAGAGGAAGAUUGUGAUGCAGAGUUGUUCAGUGAUGUUAUUGCAAUUGAUGUUCAGAAUGAUGUGAAGUAUUUUUCACAGCUUUGGGAGGGAAGUCCACCUAUGGCACCACCAAACCCAAACUACAGCAGAAACAUUCAGGAGUUGAAGAGCACCAUUAUCUCAAAAGCAUCAAGAUCGUGCGGCAUUACACUUUCACAGUUCAAAAUGCGUAUUAAUGAUCUUUGGAGUGCACUGCUGAAUGAAAACUUUGUGUUCAGCUUUAAAAACACAAUGGAGAUUGCCGUAUACAGAAGACUGGAAACUAAGUAUAGUGACUGGACUUGGAGCCUCAGGAGUGCCAUGUUGAGUAUUGAAGAAAGGUUUUACAACAGAAUUGCAAAUGGAAACUAUGAUGUUCAGAAAAAUGAAUUGCUGGCUGAAAUGAGGACAACAAAAGAAGAAGUAGAAAAAUCAAUGAAGUCUUAUUUUGAUGAAGACAAAGACAAAGACAUUCUGUGUCAAUGGAGAGGAAGAUUUGAAACCAGAAUUCAAGAUCUUCAUGAUGACCUGGUGAAGGGGACAGAAAGAAAGUUGGAAGAAGCAAUUAAACUGAAAAAAGCCAGGGAGAAUCUGGAUAAAAAAAUAGCAGAGUAUGAAAAUAUGCUUUUUAGCCGGAGCAAGGAACUCGCUUUGAGUCUAAAAAGUGAAGGAACAGAUGAACACAUGCUGAAGAAGGAAUUUGACACCAUGUGGACUAAAUGGGUCACAGAGAUGACAAGAGAUAUUCAACCACCAAAAGACAUGUACUUUUGGGAGGAUUUCACACAACUUUUAUCAGAUAACUAUGAAUUUACUCUGGUAAAUGAACGACUAAAUCUACCAGACUUCAAAGAGAUACUCAUCAGGGGUGAUUAUGAUGACUACAUUUUAUUACAAAAGCAUGAAGAGCAGACAGAAGGCCCUGUGUCUCGUAAGCAAUCUAAGAAAAGCAAGGGCUUUCAAUUGUUUGUAGGCAAUCGUAAACAAAAAAAAGGGGAUACAAAAAACAAGACCCAAGCUGAUUAUAAUGCCUCAGUAAGGCAGCUGAUUCAUAAAAUUAUUCAGGAAACUGACAAUAUAAUGGAGAAAUCACCAGUAAGAAGAAAGGGCUACAAUAUCAGUAACAUCCAAGAGAUAACAGACUGUGUUAAAAAGUUAGUAAAGGAACAUCAAUCAGUGAACCAAAAAUACAAACUGAAAAAGGAGUUUUUUAUAGAUCUCUGUAUCUAUGUUUGUGAAAUUGCACAUAAGAAAUUUACUGAAUGCCACAAGGAAUUCAAGGAAGCAAAUGAUCUGGGAAUUUAUCUUGAGAAGCAGAAAACUCAAUAUUACAAUGUCUUCAAAAACUACUGCAGAGGAGCAACAACAACAGCCAUACUGAUCGAUUUUAUCUGCAGCAAACUUGAAUUGCCCAUCCUAGAAGAAGUUUACAACAAAACUGCUAUUGAUGUUGCAGCACAGAUGAGAUCAGAUAUACGAUCAUUAUGUGAAAACAGAUCCAAUCUGGAGAAACACAUUCUGAAAUCACUCGCAGAAAAAGAGGACUUUGAGCAGUACAUACAAUACAUCCAUCAACCCAAAAAACACUUCAAACAAUUCAUAAAAAAUGAAGUAGACAAAUACUUAAAUGAAGAAAGGGAAAUGUUUUUAAGUAUUUUUAGAGGAAAUCUGAAACAAAAAGAGCAAAUUGUAAGAAUUGCAGUGCAUGUAGUGACAGCAGAGGUAAAAAAUAACGGAGGAGAUGGCAACAUGUGGUUCACAAGUUUCACCAAAACACUCACAGAUGAGCUGAAAUUCACAGGCGAGUCAAAUGUUGAUCUCACAGAAAUUAAAGACUUGGAUUUUCUUGAGAAUCAUUUAGGUGAAACUCUGAAUGAAAUUUUGGCAAAGCUAGAAAACAGUUUUAAUGACACUGAAAUGGAGAAGUGCAUGAUUAAACUUCAGAAGAUUUUGAUUGAUCAUUUCUGUCAGUGCUGUUGGGUUCAGUGUCCCUUCUGUAACUCCAUCUGCACAAACACAAUGGAAGAUCAUUUUGGAGAUCACACUGUUCCUUUUCAUCGUAAUAUUGGACUAAAGGGGUGUUAUUACAAAGGAACAACAAACUUGUCUAUUAGUUUCUGCACCACAGCAGUAGCGAGUGAUCGGUCCUUUUAUAACUUCUCUGAUGAAUUAUUUCCCUGGAAAGAAUACAGAAAAGCAGGUCCUGAAUUUAUAAACUGGAGCAUCACCCCUGAUAACUCUGAGUUGCCAUACUGGAAGUGGUUUGUGUGCAGGUUUCAGAAAGAUCUGGAGAAGUUCUACAGUAAAACAUUCCAGGGAUCUGGUGAGAUUCCAGAUGAAUGGAGACAGCAUGCAAAAGAGGGAGCUAUUAAGAGUUUGGAUAAAUACAUCUAGUGGAGAAUUUUAAGAAAUAAACACUUUCAUAUCCUUAUCUGUAGAUUAUAUUUGGAUAAAACUGUUCUGAACUGAUUUCUGAACGGUUUUAUAUUGCACAACACAUCUGACUUUUUAAUUAAUUAGGUGGUAGUAAAAAUAAUUAAACCAUAAUAAACCAUUAAUGGAUCCUACCUUAGAAACGCAUGUGCAGAAUGUUUUUAUUUUUGUGUUCUUUAGUUUAUUUCUAAUCAUUUAUUUACAUAGUCGUUUAAUCAUUGUUUAUUGUUUAUUUGAUUAAUCAUUACUAUUAUUAUCAUUAUCAAUUUCAGAAUUUGAUCAAUUUUAUCAUUAUAUUAUCAUUUAUUCAUUAUAAUUCUAUAUUUUAUAUAUCUUAUUCAUUUCAUUGUUGUUCAAUCUCAUGUUUUUAAAGUUUCAUGAGCUGUCCUGUCUGUGUAAACAGAAAUAGAUAAAGAUAAUGUUUAUGGAAGCCCAAGGUUUAUGGGAUGUUGCUGUUAAGCAGUUUUGGUAUAACAGUGCAUGUUGAAUUUAUGCUGGUUAGACGAAGUUUGAACAUUGAGACAC